AUGGCACAAGAUCUUAAAACACACUCGAUGGUUGCGCUGAAGAUUGGUGUUCCUGGCGAUUUGGGAGAUCAGGAGCUGACCAUGCAAAAGGAAGUUCUUCGUACAGUCGAAGAUGUAUCCCGAAUUUCGACUUUUCUUGACUGUUUUGGGCUUCCUGGUCCAAAAGGGUCCGAGUCCUCAAUACUACCUAUCGGUGCCGGUACAGACAAGGAUGAGCGCCGCAAGACCAUUACUCAUGGCUACUUGAAUAACGGGACUGUGCUAUGGGAUAUUGGCGCCAUUAAUAACUAUACCCAGGAAAUGAUCUAUCGAGAAUUUGGCCGCCCCCGAAGAGUGCCAUUGAGCGAAGAGCUUGGGAAAACUGGAGAGCUGGUCAUGCUAGUGGAGUUUUACCUUGGCCAAGUUCCAUUUAUGGGCAACGCAAUCACAGUACUAUCCCGUUUGACAGACUUCAUCGGCCCUCUACCUUUACAAUGGGCUGGCAAGUAUAAUGCAGGAGGUACCUUCGAAGACCGUUGGUAUUUAUAUGAUCAACCACAAAGACUAAGCGCUCUUGGGGCUAAGAUCGAACAAAUGCGGCCUGAGGUUGGCACUGCCGAGCGAGAGUUGGCGCUCUUGGUAUUUCAAAAAGUGUUUACAUAUUUGCCUGAAGAUCGCUUAACGGCUGCGGAGCUGCUAAAGGACAAGGAUUUCAAUGCUCUAAUGAGCAUAUAUGGAGACUAA